UUUUGUCUUUGUGUAGACACUGGCAGAGUGCACCGAUCACACGCGCACACACACAACACACAAGCAUUCCUCUCUCCCUCCCUCUGUAACAAUGGCAUCUUCUAAUCCUAAUGGGGUUUCUGCUUUCGAGGACGUUCCUGGAGCUGCCGAAGUUCCGGUUUAUGCGGUGAUGGCUGCUUUUAGCAAAGAUCCUAGUCCAGUAAAGCUCAAUUUGGUGUUUGGUGUUUACCGAGCAGAGGAUGGAAAGCCUCAUGUCUUGAAUGUUGUUAGACGAGCGGAGCGACUACUAAUUGAAAACAUGUCUGCCAAUAAAGAAUAUCUCCCCAUUGCUGGGUUGGCAGAAUUUAAUAAAUUGAGUGCAAAGCUUGUCUUUGGUGCUGAUAGCCCUGCUAUCACAGAGAACAGAGUGACUACCGUCCAGUGUGUGUCUGGUUGUGGCUCACUGAGGAUUGGAGCUGAGUUUUUAGCAAAACAUUACCACCAACAUAUAGUAUACCUUCCCCAGCCAACAUAUGGAAAUCAUCCAAAUUUUUUCUUAGCAGCAGGUCAUACGUUGAAGACUUACCGAUAUUAUGAUCCAACAACACAUGGGCUGGACUUUCAAGGACUGUUGGAGGACCUUAGUUGCGCAUCAUCAGGAGCCAUUGUGCUUCUCCAAGCAUGUGGCCACAACCCUACUGGUGUUGAUCCAACUUUUGAGCAAUGGGAGCAGAUCAGGCAGCUGAUAAGGUUAAAAGGACUGUUACCUUUUUUCGAUUGUGCGUAUCAGGGUUUUGUGAGUGGAAAUUUGGAUAUGGAUGCACAAUCUAUUCGAAUAUUUGUAGCAGAUGGUGGUGAAUGCCUUGUAGCUCAAUCUUAUUCCAAAAUAAUGGGAAUUUAUGCGGAGCGUGUUGGUGCACUUAGCAUUGUGUGCAAGACAGCAGAUGUGGCAAGCCGGGUUAAUAGCCAGCUAAAACUUGUGAUCAGACCCAUGCAUUCAAGCCCACCCAUCCAUGGGGCAGCCAUUGUGGCUACCAUCCUAAAGGAUAGGGAAAUGGUCACUGAAUGGACUGUUGAGUUGAAGGCAAUGGUUGAUCGCAUUAUUAAGCUGCGCCAGCAACUCUAUGAUGCUUUACAUGACAGAGGGACACCUGGGGACUGGAGCCACAUUACUAGGCAGGUUGGAUUGUACACUUUCUCUGGAUUAAAUGAGGAGCAAGUUGCCUUAAUGAUGAAAGAAUACCACAUCUACAUGUCAUCCGAUGGGAGGAUUAACGUGGCAGGCCUGAGUGAAAAAACAGUCCCUUAUCUUGCAGGUGCAAUACAUGCAGCUGUUACCUGCAUGCGGUAGACCAUUUCCAACUGUGAUUCAUUCAUAUUUGCCAAUUUCGAGUUGUAAUGCUGCUAUGUUAUGCGAUUAUCAAGAAGUAGACAUUUACUUGUGGAUAUUUUUAAUUUUUUAAGUUAUUAAUGGAACAAAUAAUGAGAAUAUACAUUAUAGAUAUUUAUGGAAAAUUUUGUUAAUUA